CACAUGUUGAAAUCGAGGCGUUGCGAUCAACAACAUGGCGUGCGUGGACCAAAAUUCCAAUGCAGUUCUUCAAGGAAUUGCCCGUCACAUCAAUUGUUUGGGAGAAGAAAACAGAAAUACGAGAAAGAAAGCUUUAGAAGGCAUAAAAAAAGAUACGCUACAGCGAAAGCCAGCUUUAGAGUCAACUGAACUCCAGUUAGUGUUCAGUGAAGUUGCUAAACCUUUGUUAAAAGUUUUCUCCGAUCCCGUUGAGAAAUGCCGAGAAUUAUCCAUCAUUAUCAUCCGAGAAUUCAUGGAGAAGGUAGAGAAACCAGACGAAAGUUUACCUUAUGUAAUGCCCGUAUUAGUUCUAAGACUGGGCCAACAAGAAUUGACAGAACCUUCGGAGGAAAUUCGGCUUAUGUUAGUGGAAUUUUUAACUCAGAUCGUGGAAUAUUCUGGAAAGAGACUUUCGGUGUAUCUUGACGACUUGAUAAGAAUUUUACAAAGGACAAUUAUUGACCCAUUUCCAGAUGUAAAAAAAGAAAGUUGCAGAUGUACCUCAAAAGUGGCUAAAGCUAUCCCUGAAUAUUUCCAUAUGCAAUCAGAAUCUCUCAUCAGUCCACUUUUAAUGACAAUCACACAUCAGCAUGCCAAAGUGCGGAGUCUAGUUGUUGAAACAAUAGGCAAUGUGAUGCAAUAUGGUAAUAGUAAAUCAAUGGAAAAGGUGGUUCCACAUUUGGCACAGAGGCUGUUUGAUGACUCGCCAGUGGUCAGGAAAGCAGUAGUGAAGAUUGUGGGGAACUGGUUGUUAGACCUACCCGACCGUUACUCCUUCCACCACAAGCUAAUUCCUCUGUUGCUGACUGGUCUCGCUGACUCACAGCCAGAGAUUGCCGAGUUAGCGGACACCUUGUGGUAUGAUACAGGACUGAAGUAUGAAAAAGAGAAUGAGGAAGAGCUAAAGGACAAGUUAGAUUUUUCCAAAGAAAAACCAGCACACUAUCCCUCUAAUGUGGAAAGACCCAACUUGGGCUGUCGAGUUCUGAUGAUGAGACACCUGUCCAAGAUCCUGCCCGCCCUGAUGAAGGAUGUUACAGAUUGGGUAGUAGCCACCCGACUGAAAUCAGCAGCCCUUCUGUACUGGCUCCUCCUGAACGCUGAGGAUUAUGUCACCCAGCACAUGGCAGUGCUGACCACUGGAAUGUAUAGAGCCUGUGUGGAUGAAGAGGCUCAAGUUGUCAAAGAUGUACAAAGAGCAGCUGAGUUGGUGGGAUACUUUGUUUCUCCUGAGGUCUGGUGUAAGAUGAUUCUGGCCAAUGUCAAGUCUAUGCAGUCAUUUAGCCCUGUCAUGAUCCUAGCAUCAGUCAUCAGGGGGUCCGAGAGAACUGCACUGAGACCAUACCUGCCCAAAAUUGUCUCUACCCUGAAUGAUUCAGACAUCUGUUUUACAACUCAGGUGCAGAUGCAAGCACAGCUGUUAAACUGCACAGCAGCAAUUCUACAGGUAUCUGAAGAAGACUGUGCUGGAAUAAGCCAGCUGCUGUUCAAUCUUCUCCUCACAGUCCUGUGUCAGAAUGAGGAAACUCAUGGACAGGUGAAUGAACUUUUGGACAGUUUGUGCAAGGUUCAGGUACUGGAGUCCAGACAAGAGCUGUACAGUAGACACACCAAGCCAUUGAUUAACCAGCUGAAGGAGUCCGCCAACAUGUGGACUGUUCAUUCCACAGAGAGACUGCUGUUUGACACCCUUCUUAUUGAAUGUGGACCCGUUGUUGGAGAUAUUCUGGAUGAGGUUAUGCCGAUAUUUGUGACAAACCUCGACACAAAUAAGGACCCUGAGCUGCGGUUAAAGUUUUUCUCCCUGCUGUCCCGCCUAGUGAUCAGCGCCGGGUCGACCCUGGAUUCUUGUCACAAGUUUGGGGAGUUUGCAGUAAUCGUAGUCAAGGAUAUCAUUAUUCCCAACUGUGUGUGGAAGGCUGGGAGAGUAGCGGGCGCCAUCAGAACCACGGCUACUUCCUGUGUGUGGGCACUGCUACAGAGCGGGGUCCUCAGCAAGGACAAGCUUAUGCCAGUUGUUGAAGAUCUGUUAACUCAAAUGAUUACUACAAUGGAUGAUGACAACAAAAGUACACGACUCAUUUGUUGUCGAGUGAUGACCCGAUUAUUUGAUCUAAUUGGAAUGGAACUAGGUCAAGACCGAUUGCACAAUAUGUAUCCAGAUCUUCUUAAACGCUUAGAUGACAGCAGUGAUGAGGUCAGAAUCACAGUCUCCAAGACAUUUUUGGCUUACUUUGAUUGCUUUGAGAAUGGCUACGACGUCAUAUUAUACAGAGCUCAUUUAGAAGCCAUUUAUAAAGGACUGUUGGUACAUCUAGAUGAUCCAGAACAAAAGAUACAAGAAGCAAUACUAGAGGUUCUUAAGAAAUCAGGCUCAAUCUGUCCGACCAUGCUACUUCAGGAAGUGGAGGAAGUGAAGCACAAACACAGGUCCAGUGUGUACUGUAACAAACUGAUGGAGUACCUCAAGGGGCUGCUCUAGGGGCCACUUAUCAUGACGGAGCUUUGUAAGGGAGACCACUGAUUUAUAGACCUAUACAAGGGAGGCUACUCCGUGAUUGUACUAUUUUUGUAAGGGUGACCCCGUGACGAAGCAUGUUUCCUGCAGGGAAGAGUACCCUCUAAGAAUGGCGACAUUUGUAAAUGGAGACAACAUCAUAUCACCACUGCCAUGUGUAUUUAUUUUCAAUGAAUUUCUCAUUUUAAUCAAUAAAAUGUUCAUAUAAAUUCACUCUAUUUAAACCUAUGGUUGAUUUAUAGCAUUUAGAAAAAUAAAGUAAUGUAAUAUUUA